UCAUAUGGGAAUGAAACACUCUUCCCGUUGUCUACUCCUUCGGAGAAAAAUGGCGGAGUCCGACAACACAGAGCAGCAGCCUCUGAGUGCAGCUCCAUCGCAGUGUCAGCCGUCGCCGCUGCCCAAGCCCGUCACGUCCAUCCAGUCUGUCCAUCACUUGCCCCGGCCCGCCCACAUCCCGCACUCCACCACCCUCCCCAGCUGCCCCGGCCGUGGCAAGAUGUCCAAGUUCCUGGACCCGGAGGAUAUGACAUCGCGAGACUACUACUUUGAUUCCUACGCUCACUUUGGAAUACACGAGGAGAUGUUGAAGGACGAGGUGCGGACGCUGACCUACAGGAACUCCAUGUACCACAACAAGCAUGUCUUCAAGGACAAGAUCGUGCUGGACGUGGGCAGCGGAACUGGCAUCCUGUCCAUGUUCGCUGCCAAGGCUGGUGCCAAGCACGUGUACGGGAUCGAAUGCUCCAGCAUAUCGGAAUAUUCAGAGAAGAUCAUCAAAGCCAACCAUCUGGACAGUGUGAUCACUAUAUUCAAGGGGAAGGUGGAGGAGGCGGAGUUACCUGUGGAGCAGGUAGACAUCAUCAUCUCUGAGUGGAUGGGCUACUGCCUCUUCUAUGAGUCCAUGCUCAACACCGUCAUCUUCGCCAGGGACAAGUGGCUGAAACCUGGCGGUCUGAUGUUUCCGGACCGAGCAGCCCUGUACGUGGUCGCUAUUGAAGACCGGCAGUACAAAGACUUCAAAAUCCACUGGUGGGAGAACGUGUACGGGUUUGACAUGACGUGCAUUAGGAACGUGGCCAUAAAGGAACCUCUGGUGGACAUCGUGGACCCCAAGCAAGUGGUCACCAACUCUUGCCUUGUCAAGGAAGUGGACAUCUACACAGUGAAGCCAGAGGACCUGUCCUUCGCCUCCGCCUUCUGCCUGCAGGUCCAGCGCAACGACUACGUCCACGCGCUCGUCACCUACUUCAACAUCGAGUUCACCAAGUGUCACAAGAAAACAGGCUUUUCUACAGCGCCUGAUUCUCCGUACACACACUGGAAGCAGACAGUGUUUUACCUGGAGGAGUACCUCACGGUGAAGAGAGGAGAGGAGAUCAAAGGCACCAUCGCCAUGAAGCCCAAUGACAAAAAUGUGCGCGAUCUGGACUUUUCCUUUGAACUGGAUUUCAAGGGCCAGUUGAGUGAUGCCGCUAUCGCUCAUGAUUACAAGAUGCGCUAAGCGUGACUGUCCAGCAGGGGGAACCAGAGUGCUGUGCAGCCACUCCUCCCCAGGGCCAUAGGCCACCGUCCUGGUAACAGGCACCCCAGAAGAAGACCAGAGCAGAGCGGCUGACGAGGCCAGCGGUGGAUGUC